AUGGCAAAAUCCAGUGAAGAAUCCGACAGCAUCAUGGAGGAGAAUUCAGAUUGGUCUGCAGACGAUGCUGCGUCUUCUUCGGGAUUGACUGUUGCAUCACUGGCCACCGGCCUUUGUUACGAUAUUCGGAUGCGUUACCAUUGCGAAGUGCGACCCACGGCGGAUGUGCAUCCUGAAGAUCCUCGACGCAUCUACUACAUCUAUAAAGAGAUCUGUAGGGCAGGUCUGGUUGAAGACCCCGAGAUUGCGGCUUCUUCCAAACCACUUGCCCCUCAUCCCUUGCAGCGUAUUGAUGUUCGAGAUGCGACGGAAGAGGAAGUUCAAUUGGUUCACACAGAUGAGCAUUUCAAGUUUGUAGAAAGCACUCGCAACCUGCCUGAUGAGACCCUGAUUCUACUUGAAGAAUCCCGUGAUUCUAUAUAUUUCAAUCGACUUACUUUUGCUUCUGCACUUCUUUCGGCGGGUGGAGCUAUCGAGACUUGUCUCGCGGUGGCUACGCGAAAGGUCAAGAAUGCUAUUGCUGUCAUCAGGCCGCCAGGACAUCACGCUGAGCAUGACAAGACUAUGGGAUUUUGCCUGUUCAACAAUGUUUCGAUCGCAGCCAAGGUGUGCCAGCGACAGCUUGGCGAGAUGUGUCGGAAAAUUAUGAUUAUUGACUGGGACGUUCAUCACGGAAACGGGAUCCAAAAAGCCUUUUACGACGAUCCUAAUGUCCUCUAUAUAUCCAUCCAUGUAUAUGCCGAUGGUAAAUUCUACCCUGGAGGUAAAGAAGGCAACUGGGAUUAUGUUGGGGAGGGUGCUGGUAUUGGAAAAAACUUGAAUAUACCCUGGCCAUCUCAAGGCAUGGGCGAUGGCGAUUACAUGUUUGCAUUCCAGCAGCUCAUCAUGCCAAUCGCAACAGAGUUUGAUCCUGAUUUAGUUAUUGUGGCUUCAGGAUUUGAUGCAGCAGCUGGUGACGAGCUUGGCGGGUGUUUUGUUACUCCAGCCUGCUAUGCGCACAUGACACACAUGCUAAUGACCUUGGCUAAUGGGAAAGUUGCUGUUUGUCUCGAGGGUGGUUAUAAUUUCCGGUCCAUUUCCAAAUCUGCGCUAGCUGUAACAAAAACUCUCAUGGGAGAGCCUCCUGCCAGACUUACAGCUACCACUGCCUCAAACCCCGCAGUACAGAUCGUUAGAAGGGUCAUGGCUGCUCAGUCAAAAUACUGGCGGUGCAUGUACCCCAAAGCACCCGCACAAGAGGGUCUUUUUACAGAUAGAUUUCAUGACGUUAUACGCCAGUACCAGGCCAAGCAGCUAUAUGACAGCUACAAACUCACUAGCCUAUGGAUUUAUCGAGCGACUAUCUCAAAGUCUUUUGAAAAUCAAGUUUUGGCUAGUCCAAAUUAUGACAAAGCCGUUCCCUUGAUUGUGAUAUUCCACGACCCACCUGAGAUGAUGGGAAUUCACCAUCCUAUAACAAAUAAGCUCGAGCCUCAUAACUGUUGGAUGGCGGAUGUCGUCAAAGAAUACAUUGGGUGGGCUAUUCAAAAUAACUACGCCAUUGUCGACGUGAACAUCCCUAAACACCUUACGGUAGAUACAGGCAUUGGCAGGUACGAAGAAGAGGAUGGAGACCGUCCUACGCAGACCGAGGAACUUGCUGGAUACCUGUGGGAUAAUUACCUUGAACCAAACGAAGCAACACACAUAUUUUUCAUUGGGAUCGGCGAUGCUUUCUAUGGAGUUGCUAACCUUCUCAUUAAUCGAGACAGCAUCUACCAGCGCAUUAACAGCGUCAUUUCAUUUGUGGCCGAAAAUCCAGUUCGCGCCGUGGCAUCACCGACCCAAACGUGGCUAUCUAGGUGGUACAAGGAUAAUUCCCUAGUCUUCGUCUCCCACGUCCAUGGACUCUGGCACAACACAGAAAACCGGCGCAAGCCUUCAAAACGCUACGGUCGUCUAUUGCAAUCCCCCAAAACGGGACUCAACGAAAUGCUGAUGCACCACAAAACCGAAGUUUGUGGCUGGAUCGAGACGCGAGUCAACACUCGUGGCAGCAGUGAGGAAGGAGAUGAAGACGCAGUCGAGGCAGAAUCAAAAGAAGCAGUCUAG